AUGGCUUUCUAUUUUGCCCUGUUGAAUGUAUCCAAGAAGGAUAACACUCAAGAGAAACAGUCUUCAUCUUCUCAUAGGAGACAUCGAAGACAUUCGAUUGCUUCCGUUGAAUCGCCAUUGCUAGAUUAUAGACUUUUGCCAAGACCCCAACUACUCUCUGACGAUGUUGUCAUUACCAAUGACCUGGCUCAUCAAGUCGAAUCAUCUUCAUCUUCUGCUCAACCCAAUCGUCUAUCUGAUAGAAGAAGUCGUGGGAGUGCUCGAGCAUCAAAAUGGGUUCAAGACAACCAUUCCGCCCAAUUGAAUAAUAGGAGCCACCAUCCUCCGCUUCAACGAGAAUCUCAUCAAGUUGCUCCUUCUAGUUCAAGAGGUCAUCUCAGUCGGAAUGACACUGAAAGUGACCCUCCACCAUUGAGCAGAAGUAAACGAAUGGCAUUUGGAGGGGAGAAGGAAGAAGGGAAUCCUUCGAAGAGUGAAGAAAAAGUGAAGAAAAGAGGGGGAAGAGCAAAGAUAGAAGAAAGAAAACGAGGGGAAAGACAGUCGGAAGAGGAAGAAGAUGGAAAACAGAAACAGAAUUUGAGACCAAGAGGAAGAGGAAAAAAGGAAAUUGUUAGUGGAGAAGAAGAAUCUGGAAAGGAGACGGCAAAGGAGGACACUGGAAGGAAAAUGAAGAUGAAGAGUGAUGGGCAGGUUGGUGGGAAUAAGGAAGAGUUCAGAAAAAAGGAGCCUGUCAAGACCAUGAGAAGGGGAUUCAAAAGUCAGCUACCAAUUCCAGUUCACGUUCCAUCAACAACGAAUGAGCAAGGACUGAGUAAAACUCAGAGUACGACAUUCUCAAAAAACGGUCGUGAACACCUCCAUCCACCAUCCAAAUACACCCCAUUGGCUGUCACAACUUCCAGUUCUAGCUCUGCUCUGAAUUCCAACUCCAACUCUCGAUACUUCUCCCCACCAGUCCCCAAUGGCAGAAAACCCAGACAAGUUGGAACUGCAGAUCAUCCACUGAGAUCUUCUGUUUUUCAAGCGAUGGCUGGAAGUAGUGCAACUGAUGAGAGUGGUCGAUCAAGUAGUCAAAUGAGUAAUGAGAGUAUCACACCUAGAAGAGACGACUCACCAGCCUCCUCGUGUUGUGAUCCGAAAGAACAGGAAGUUACUAUGAAGCUCUCUGCAGUUUCCAUGUCAUCGAGAUCCAGUGAGCCACGGCUCAAAAAAGUUACUUUUGAGAGCUCCCCUUAUGUCAUAUCGAACUCUUUUUUAGGCGAUGGAGCGGGCAAAGUGCUGGUAGUCCGCCGUGGCAGCGGAACAGCAGUUCGUCGAGUUGGAGCAAUGGGCAACGGAUGGAAUCAGUCGAAAGUGUUGAUCGAAGGGCAACCGGAAGAAGUGUCUGGAGACGAUUGGUGGACACAUUGUGGAAAGGACGAAGAGGAAGAAGCAAUCAUUGAUAAUCAGUUGAAUAAGAAUUUGGAGAAGGGGAAGAGAAUCGACGCCGGCCUCCCGAAUGACAGUUUCAGUGGAUCGACCCAAGUAUAA